AUGUACGCGGCCGCCGACCCUAGCGGUGCCGACGCCGCCAUCUUCGGCGUGCAGAGCACCGAGAGCGGACCCAAGAUUCUUGCGACCGGCCUCUCCGACGAGCGCAAGGCUGCCAUUGAGGCCCUUCUCCCCGCAAUGGGCGUGAGCGGCAGCGCCGGAAGCAUCACCGCUAUUCCCGGCGCUGAGGGUGACCCAGCCAAGGUCCUCAUGCUCACUGGUGUCGGCAAGGAGCUUAAUGCUGAGGCUGUCCGCCGUGCGACCGGUGUCGCGACCCGCACUGCCGCCGGCACCGCCAAGGUGGCCGUCAUGAUGCCGAUUGACGACCCCGAGCUUAUCCAGGCCGUGGCGGAGGGUGCGUCGCUCGGCGCGUACUCCUUCAACCGCUACAAGACUCAGGGUGCCCGGGACCCAGUUUCCGAGAUCGUCAUCGUCACCCAGGGCAACGAGGACGCCGUGAACAAGGCCGCCGUCCUCGCCAAGCACGUCAAGGCGGCGCGCGACCUCGCCAACAUUCCGGGCGCCGACCUGUACCCCGAGACGAUGGUGGACCGCGUCAACGAGGCGGUUGCAGGCUUGAACGGCGUCCAGGUCGAGGUCUGGGACGAGAAGCGUAUGGAGGCCGAGGGCAUGGGCGGCAUCGUCGCCGUCGGCAAGGGUUCCACCCGCCCACCCCGUCUCAUCAAGGUGACGUACAACCCCGCCGAAUCGCGCGGUCACGUCUCCAUCGUCGGCAAGGGCAUCACCUUCGACACGGGCGGUAUCUCGCUCAAGCCCUCGGCGGGCAUGUGGGAGAUGAAGGGCGACAUGAGCGGCUCUGCGACGGCGCUGCACGCUGUGCUCGCGGCGGCCGAGCUCGGCAUCCCAACCCGCAUGACGGCGUGGAUGUGCAUGGCCGAGAACAUGCCCGACGGCGGCGCGAUGCGCAACGGCGACGUCCUCAAGUUCUACAACGGCAAGACUGCCGAGGUGUGGAACACGGAUGCCGAAGGCCGCCUCGUCCUCGCGGACGGCCUGUCGAUCGCCACCACCGAGAACCCCGACCUCCUCAUCGAUGUCGCGACCCUCACGGGCGCGCAGGUCGCCGCGCUGGGCUCGCGUACCGCCGGCCUCAUGGGCGACAAGAAGGCCGUUGACGCUGUGCAGGCCGCCAGCACCGCUACCGGCGAGCCAUUCCACUUCAUGCCCUUCCCCGAGGAGAUGUUCGCGGACAUGGUCUCCAACACCGCCGACUACCGCAACAUCGGGGCUGUCAGCAACGGCGGCAUGCAGAAGGGCGGUAUCUUCCUCAGCCACUUCGCGGGCGACGCCGGCAACUGGGCCCACCUCGACGUUGCUGGCCCCGCACUCAACUCCGGCGGGCCUUGGGGCUUCACCUCGGCCGAGGGCACUGGCUUCGCCAUGCGCACCCUUGUCAAGGUUGCCGAGCAGCUCAACGCUUAG